UGGGGCUCCCUUGCUAAUCAAGGUCACACUGUUCCUGGGCAGCGGAGGGUUCAUUUCGGUUGCAGAACGGGCUCGCGAAGCCGAAGACGCGAUGGAGAACUCGGGCACGGCGGCCGUCGCCUUGAAUUCGACGGCGGCGACAGUGUUCCUGCGGCGGGACCCCCGAACGGAGGGCUGGGCCCUGGUAGGCAACAAGCUGUUCAUCGUGGGGCUGCUCUGCGCCUACGUCUAUGUCGUCAAGGUGGCCGGGCCCCGCUUCAUGCAGGGCCGCAAGCCGUACGAUAACCUCAAGCCGGCGAUUGUGAUCUUCAGCGCCGCCAUGGUGGUGCUCAACUGGUACUUCAUGGUGGCCUUCCUGACGAGGAGCUACUUGCGCGGCGGCUACAGCUUCGUGUGCCAGGGCAUCGCCUACGACGCGCGCGACGAUAUGACCAUGAGCUUCCUCGCACACUGCUGGUGGUACGAGUGGGUGAGGGUCGCGGACUUUCUGGACACUGCGUUCUUUGCGCUGCUCAAGAAGGAGUCCAACAUUUCCGUACUCCACGUAGUCCACCACGUCUUGGUGGUCUUCAACGGCUGGUACGGGCUCGCGUACGGAGCCGACGGGCACAUCGCCUUGACCCUGAUCUUCAACAGCUUCGUGCACGGGGUGAUGUACUCGUACUACUUCCUCUCCUUGCUGGGUCCCGCCGUCCGCAAGCACCUCUGGUGGAAGAGGCACCUCACCCAGCUGCAGAUGUUCCAGUUCGUUGUGCUCAUCGCGCACCAGUUGUUGCCGCUGAUCUUUAAGUGCGGAUACCCACUGGCGCACGUAUACAUCGUCCUGCCCCAGAUACUCUUCUUUCUGGUCAUGUUUCUCAACUUUUACUUGAAGAACUACAAUGACAGGAAAAAAAUGGCAGCGUCACAUAACUUCUCAAAGACGAAGGUUCAGUGACUCCACUAUUAGCAAAAAAAAAGAACUUUUUUUUUGUUUCUUGUUUCCUCUCAGAGAAUAUAUGUACGU